CUGCAUUUGUUUACAAUUUAUUUAACAAGAUGACGACAGGCGACGAUGCUGAGGCUUUAAGUCCACAACCAGCGGAGUCAACUGGCUUACCAACACAACUGCUAGACAUAUUUAAAUCUUUAGCUGCCAAUGGUCAGAUUACAUUCAAGUCUCAACAAAUCGAUGAUCCUGAAAUUCAGUCGGAGGAAAAACAGGAAAUUGCCCAGGAAGUUUUCUGUAAAAACCGUGAGAACUUCCUAAUACGUUUUGGCCGAUACAUGACUGCACCACAACUGAAUGACUUUCAAUCUCUGGGCAUUGGGGAACCAUUUAAACCCGACGAAAGCCUGGACGAGAUGUGUCUACUCUUGGAUGACUUUCAGCGAAAGCUUACCACACGUUCCGUUUGCGUAAAGAAUCGUCGCUAUCAUGCAAUGCAGGAUUUGAUCCAGAAAGGGGAAUACUUUAGUGAGCACGAAAUGAUGCAACGCGCUCCAGAUCUCUACCAAGAGCUAGUGGGCCAAUAUAUGACAGGAAGAAAAAAAGCAAGGGAUACCUAUGAUGUCAAAAAUACAACAUUUUCGGGUAUUUUAAUGCAUACCUUGGAACAGAAACAGCGGGAAGAAUUGCUAGAAGGCAAAGAUAGCCAAUCAUUGCAAAUAAAGGAGAAAGUGGAGGAGGUAGAGGAUGAAGUACCAGUGAAUUGUCGAAGUCAAUGGGGUGGCUUCGAUGACGACGAACCUGUAGCCUGCUCCACGUCCACGGUAAAACAUUUGCCGAAAAUCUCUACACCCGAGUACUAUAAUCCAGCCGAGCGAGAACUGCUGCGCAAUGAAUUUAUGAGUCUAAUGCAGGAACGUUUUUUAAGUGGAGAGGAUUCGGAUUUUGAUUAUACAUCUGUCGACGAUAAUGCGAUGUUUGACGAUCUCAAGCAAAUCGAACAAGACGAGGAAGAUGCCUAUUUUGAUGAUGACGAGGAUCUAGAUGACCAUGUAGAAAUGGACGAUCUCAAGCAAAUCGAACAAGACGAGGAAGAUGCCUAUUUUGAUGAUGACGAGGAUCUAGAUGACCAUGUAGAAAUGGAUAGUAAACAAAAUGCAGCUGACACUUCCUCCAGCGAGGAUGAACUUGAUGUUUACAUGCGACAUCUGCAACAGCAUCCAAGUCUACAGCCUACUUAGGACAAGAGACCUGGUCCCACCUUCAUAACUUAAUCCACAUGGGUCUUAUUCGUUAGCUUUUAAUCAAUCUGUUAGCUUAAAUCCUAGGAAUACAUGCAAUUUGAGAAAGUA